AUGUCCUCCCACGCCGGCCCCUCCCAAUCCAAACCCCCUCCUCGACCGCUACCAUCUGCUGCUCCCCCAAAUUCUCCGUUGCCUCUACUCAUCACAAUCCGCUUCAGCACCUCCCUCCCCGAUCUCCAUCUCGACGUACCAGAGCCACACCAAACAACCGUCGUUGCGUUACGAUACAUGAUUCGGGAGAAGCUGGCUAGUCAGGCCACAUCCCCCGAGCAUGACGACGACGACGAUUACAGUGACCAUGAUAGGCAUGACACGAGAAGCGAGAAGAGGAUAUCCAAGGACAAAGCCCCCUUACUGGGCAGUCAGGGGCCCGCCAAGGCACGCCUACGACUUAUACACAAUGGUAGGGUGCUUCCAGAUACAGCCGUGCUAUCUUCGGUCCUGAAGAUGCCCCCUCCCCCUCCCCCCGCCUCCGACCCGAAAGGCAAAGGCAAAGCCGUCCUCCGCCCCAUCCGCAUCUUUAUCAACUGCAGCAUCGGCGACCCUCUCACCUCCGAAGAACUCGACGCUGAACGCGAAGCCGCCAUAUCCCCCCUCCCUUCCUCUCCCCCCUCUACCUCCACCACAGGGGGGAGAACCCCCCUAAAGCUGGACACUACCAGCACCUCCCCGCAUCGGCACCCCCAAGAAGGGGGGGAGGGGGCGCGACCAACAAGACCGCAGGGCUUCGACAGACUGCUCCAGUCUGGCUUCACCCCCUCUGAGAUAGCGACCCUCCGCUCACACUUCCGCGCGAUCCAUACCGCCCGCUUCACCCCGGACACCAUGCCCAGUCCGGAUACCUUACGGGCGAUGGAAGACGCCUGGCUAGAUAACAACUCCUCCUCAUCUGCCCCCUCUGGGUCCCUCCUCGCCAGCUCGAACACCGCAGGUGGCGGCUAUAUAGAUGACGGGGAAGAAGGAACUAAUAUCGGGAUAGAGGAUGCUUAUGGGUUGAGUGCCAUAGCAGGAUCGUUAAUACAGGGGAUGCUAAUGGGAUUUGUGUGGCCGCUGGGGAAAACAACCACCACCACCACCACCAACAACAACAACAACAACAGUAAUCCUAAUGGAAUGGAUGAAAGACGAGAAACGAACCUGACCGUAGGGCGCUACUCGGAGCAGCAGCCCAUCAUCAUCUAA